UCCAUUUCCCCUUCCACUCUACUGUAUGCGGUGACGUCAUCGUGACGUCACUGCCGCGGCCUGCCGGCCGAACGGCGCCGCCAGAGCACGUGACAAGGCCAGAGUUGGCCCGGGCCAGCGUCGUCAGACGGUUCUUGGGGUGCGGUCAGCUAGUGUUGUGGCUGUGUGGCGUAUUUUGUUUGCUACCAGAAUGGCGGUACGGUAUGCCGGAAAACCACUGCCUAUUGACGAGAUAUCCCAGUUUCAACCCAGCGCUCUAGGGCCUUCGCUGUAUACGCUCGGCAACAUCAGAUACCGCGUUGGCGACAAGUCCAUAACCAUCUACUCCUUCGAGGGCGAGUCCUCAGAUGAGGACGCCCGCUCGGACGAGGAGGACGUGGACGCGGACGAGUUCGCCUUGUUUCGGAGCCUGCGGCGCCCUCGCCCGGAGACGCCCCCCACCGCCCCGGAAGCGGCUCAAGACGGCCCAGGGCCAGGCCCAGGCGAGGCGUCGGCUGCAGAUGCAGAAUCGUUGGAAGUCAAGGAAAAUGAAGCUAGGGUGCUGGCGCUGAAGCGCGGGCGCGUGGAGUGGGUGCGCGGGCGCCACGGCAGCUUCCCCAUGGACGCCUUCCCCGCCGGCCUCACGCUGCGCAACCAACGCGCCUACGUGGCGCGGGCGCGCGUCAACGACAUCCUCACGCCCGGCCGGUUGGUUGUUGGCGAGAAAGAGUGCCGGAUUUCCUAUAAUAUGAAGGAGUUCAAGUUUCCUGAAUAUGAAGUUCUAACAGUGAGGCAUAUGGAUCCAGAUGAAAAUGGCAUGGUGCGCUAUGUAAGUGCAGAGAACCUUGCUCUUUCUGAGCAUCAUCAGAAAAGAUUCAGAGGAGCAUAUUGGUGUGGCACCAACAUGGCUGGUGAAAUGGAUGAAUAUCCAGAGCAGUAUGAUGAUGAAGAAGAGGAAGAAGAAGAAGAAGAUGAUGAUGAUGAUGAUGAUGAUGAUGAUGAUGAUGAUCUAGAUGGUGAAGAUGUGGGUGGUGAAGUGUUGGAAUUAUUUCCUGAUGAUCAGAUGGGUGAAACUCUUGUACUCGGAUCAAAUUUCCAUGAUCUACAAGAAGCUUCUUGGCAUCUGUUUGAAAAUUAUAAUGCAAGUGAUAAACAUGAUUGUUAUCAAAAAACUGUGAUCAACCCUUUAAGGCUGUGGAAGGAUGAUGAUUAUUUGAAGAGAAAAGAUGUGGAUGAAGUAGGUGGUAUGUGA